AUACUGUUUUCGAUAGAGAACUUCAAAGGCUAUCGAAAUCACUAUUUAGAUUUGAUCUAGCUAUUCGUCUUCAUUGAAAAAUCUCAACGACAAAAGGGGAUCUAUAAUUUUGAUAAACCCUGUAUAUUUAAAUGAAUUAAGGUCGAACACACUUACCCAAUGGAACACGAUACGAUUGGUGGAAAUCACCAACAAUAAUUGCUUAUAAUAAUAGUCGUAAUUGUAUAACUGAUUAUUAUGUAAAUGAUUUAAAAACAUUAACAUAUACUGUAAAUGAUGUUCCAGUACAAGUUCAAUUAGCUGGUGAACCAUUUUCACCAACAACUCUUCGACAUAUAGGUGCACUUCGUUUUGUAUAUGAUACUUUAAUGAAAAAUAAUGAUAUAAAUUCAUUUAAAAUGCCUGGAACAGAAUUUACAAGUGAACAAACUUUUUUUCUUGCUUAUGCUCAAACACAAUGUUAUCGACGACAAGAACUUUUACAAUUACUACGAACACAAUUAGGUGUUUAUGAUGAAAAAGCAGCAUUAAAUACUGCUCUUAUUCAUAUGCCGGAAUUUGCUGAAGCAUUUAAAUGUCAACCAAAAGCGAACCAAUGUUUUUGA